AUGGAAAUGCCAGAGGUAAUUGUGCCCAACCCACACUUGUUGCAGAGCGACCACCUACUCAAGUACAUAUUGGAGACGAGCGUGCACCCGAGAGAGCCACAGAUUCUCAAGGAGCUCAGGGAUACUACUGUCGCCGUAGAUACCCGGUCUCCAAUUGCUUUGGAUCCACAUUCUGGGCAAUUAGUGGGUAUGCUUCUGAAGAUGCUGAAUCCAAAGAGAACCCUUGAGAUUGGGGUCUACACUGGCUACUCCCUUCUUGCCACUGCCCUCUCUACUCCUCCUGAUGCCAAGAUCACGGCGAUAGAUCCGAAAGCGGAAUGGUACGGGGUGGGGCUGCCCUUCAUUAAAAAGGCAGGAGUUGAACACAAAAUUGACUUCAUCCACUCGAUAGCACUUCCCGUUCUUGAUGAUCUCCUCCUCCUCCAAGGUGGAAAUGAAGGGAGCUUCGAUUUUGCGUUUGUGGAUGCGGACAAGAACAACUACGGCAACUACCACGAGCGGCUGAUGAAGCUGGUGAAGAUCGGCGGCGUGAUAGUCUACGACAACGUCCUGUGGGGAGGCACGGUGGCGAGCCCCGACGGCGACGGUGUCCCCGACCACAUGAAGGAGAUCAUGGCGAUGGCGAUUGAGUUCAACCGGAGGAUCGCCGGCGAUGACCGCGUCGAGAUCUGCGUCGCCCCCGUCGGUGACGGCCUCACCAUCUGUCGCCGGAUUUCUUGA